AACACAGAGACUAGAGAUCGAGAGAUGGGGUUUUCUUCUCACAAGCCAGAAAUUAUUAUGGUGGCCUUGGAAUUUGCUUAUGCUGGACUAGCUCUCUUCACAAAGGCAGCCUUCAAUGGUGGAUUGAGCCCCAGAAUCUUUAUUGUCUACAGACAAGCUAUAGCCACUUUGAUCAUGGGUACCCUGGCUUGCUUCUCAAGAAGGAGGAAUCCAAGUGGGGUUUCAUUGACAUUGGAGAGCUUCUCUUGGAUAUUUGCUGCCUCCUUCUUUGGUGUGACGGUGAAUCAGAAUGCAUUUUUCCAAGGAAUCAAAUUGGCUUCCUCGACUGCUGCAAAUGCAAUGAUUAAUCUCAUCCCAGCAGUCACUUUUGUACUAGCAACAAUUCUGAGGAUGGAGAAGAUUGACAUUAGGAGCAUGAGAAGUUGGGCCAAGAUUUUUGGGACUGUGAUGUGUGUCUGUGGAGCCAUAGUCAUGGCCUUCCUCAAGGGCCCUAAGCUCCUAAACUCUCAUUUUCUUCUUGGGCCAGAAGAAGACAACAGUUGGGUGAUGGGAUGCCUUCUUCUCUUGGCAGCCAGCUUCUUCUGGUCCACGUGGGUAAUUCUUCAGGUUCCAAUUGGAGCAACCUGCCCUGACCUCGUAUACUCACAAGCCUGGUUGUGCCUCCUGGCCACUCUGCAAUCAACAGGAGUGGCUUUGUUCAUGGAGAGGGAUCUCUCAGUUUGGAAGCUCAAUUCGAGUUUCGAAUUGGGUUGUUGCUUGUAUAGUGGAGUUGCCUUGGCAAUGUCAUUCUUGGGCCAGGCCUGGUGUGUUUCUGAGAGAGGCCCAGUCUUCCCAGCCAUAUUCAACCCACUUGCCACAGUCAUCACAGCCAUUUUUGCUGCUAUCUUUCUCCAUGAACAGACCUACUUGGGAGGGUUGAUUGGAGCUGCGGCAGCGGUAAUGGGAUUAUAUGUGGUGCUAUGGGGGAAAGCCAAGGACUUCAAAGAAGCUGAAAGUGAUAAGAAGGAGGAGAAGAAGAGGUCCAAACUUGAUUUGGAAGAACCAUUUCUUACUGAUAAGCCAAACCAAGUGGAUGUGUAAUGAAAAUCAAUUUUGGGUAGAAAAAAGAUAUUUCAGGGUUUGUAAGUUACAGUUACAAUUGUCAGAUCAUACAAAUUUCAGUAUCUAAUAUUUUGAGCAUUUAUAAAACUAAAG